CAAAAGUUCCCAAAUUAAUCGUCAACAAAAAACAUGGCUACAGAAAGUGACAGCUCACAACUUUUGGAAAAAAUCUCAAAAUUAGAUAUAAAAUCGUCGAAACGAAAAAAUUCACUGGGGACGAAUUCAUCAAACGAUACCCUGGAGUACGGCCUACCGUUAAAAGAAGUAUAUAAACUAGCCUUCAGUUUUUACAAAGAAAAGGAAGGCAAGGCUGUCCAUUUUAGCUAUGAAGAUAAAUUACAGCUAGUAGCUUUUUCACAACAAGUCCUCCACGGUCCCUUGUCAGAAGCCAUAAAUAAAUUACCCCCAUUAGGAACUUUAGACGUUGUAGGAAAAGAUAGACGGUUAGCAUGGCAAAAAUUAGGAAAACUAUCAGCAGACCAAGCGAGAGCGGGGUUUGUGGAAUUAUUAAGCCGCCGAUGUCCCUUAUUUUCAGCCUAUGUUGAAGCGCACAGGAGAGAAAAGAAAGACCAAGAAAGAAAAGCGAAAGAAGAGGAAAAACGCCGAUUGAUUGAGGAGGAAGAGAGGUUGAAGAAAGAAGAGGAGGAAAAGUUAAUCCAGGAGCAGUUGACUAAAGAAGAAGCAAUCAAAAGGCAAAUUCAGCAAGCUUUAAACGAACAGACUUUUGACCAAUUUAGAAAAUAUGCCGAGCAACAAUUUCCCGGUGAUCCUGAAAAACAAGGUGCCCUUAUUAGACAACUGCAAGAUCAACAUUACAUACAGUAUAUGCAACAGUUGCACGCUGCACAAAGAGGAGAACAAAUUAAAAAGGAGAGUGAUAGCGAGAAGACUGACACUGAAUGGCAAAAUGAUUCAAAUGAAAACGGUAACUUGAAUGACUCCAAUCAAGAAUCUUCCGAAAAUACUUUAGUUCCUGCUAGUAUGUGGACUCGCUCUGGUAUUGAUGUUUUCAAACAGGCGGUAGCCCAAGCUGAAGGUGAUGGUGUGGUGAGGGUGGGGCAUGGGGAAACUGUCACUGUUAGAGUACCGACGCAUCCAGAGGGAUCACGUCUAUUUUGGGAGUUUGCAACAGAUCACUAUGAUAUUGGUUUUGGGGUUUAUUUCGAAUAUGGCACUCCCACAAGUGAUCAGGUUUCGGUUCAUGUUUCUGAAAGUGAUGAUGAAGAUUUAGAAGAUAUGGAUGAGGAUAUCUAUGAUGAGGAAACUAUACAGACUGGUGAUUUAGAAGCGGGAUCUGUUUCUGUUAAUGGUGUUUCCAAACCCCUCCUGACUGAAAUAGUGCCAGUAUAUAGGAGAGAUUGUCAGAAUGAGGUUUAUGCAGGAUCUCAUCAGUAUCCAGGACAAGGAGUGUAUUUACUUAAAUUCGAUAAUUCGUAUUCUUUGUGGAGGUCCAAAACUCUCUACUACAGAGUCUAUUACACCCAGUAAUUUAUUUUAUCUUUGUAUGAAUUGUUAAAUUUUUGAAGCUUGUGAAGUUUUCAUUUUUAUAAUGUUAGAAUAUGCUUUGAGACACUUUUACAGCGUUUGUCACUUCAGGUGCUCUUUUUUAUCUCCAAACUUUGUAAGGACAAGUAUUGAACGUAAUUUUUAUUUUGUUGAAUGUUCUCUUUUUUUCUAGUCUUGUUCUUAAAACUGAAAACUAUUUAGAAAGUAUUGUUAAGAUAAAAAAGUCUGUGGUACCUAAUGAAAUAAGAAUACAUGAUUUGUGCAAUUUUUAUGUUUAUGUAGAAUAAAUAAAAAGUAUUGUACAAAUGAA